AUGUUUAGAUUAUUAUUAAUUGUUGGUUUAUUUUUAAUAACAAGUGCUGGAAGAUCUCCACAUGCUGACUACGUGACUCGUCUAAACCAGGAAAGCGCUUUUGGACCAACACUUUCGGACAAUCUUCUUUUAGAUGCUAUUUUAGAUGUACCUGAUAUGAUCAGAAGAUACAACUAUCCGAUGGAGGAACAUUUUGUAAUUACUCCUGAUGGAUAUAUUCUGGGCGUGCAACGGAUUCCCCACGGUCGAGACAGGAACAAUAUACCUGGAGACAGGCCAGCUGUCUUUGUUAUGCAUGGCCUUUUGAGCUCCUCAGCCGAUUACCUGAUCUCAGGUCCUGGAGAUGCUUUAGCUUACAUCCUGGCGGAGGAAGGAUAUGAUGUGUGGCUUGGCAAUGCUCGCGGAAAUUAUUAUUCGCGGAAGCAUUUAACACUCAACCCCGAUGGCGAAGACACUUUAUUAUUUUGGGACUUUUCCUGGGAUGAAAUUGGAAACAUUGAUUUACCAACGAUGAUAGACUAUGUUCUCGCUCAGACUGGUAAAUCGGCGUUGCAUUACAUUGGUAUGUCGCAGGGAACUACGUCAUUCUUUGUUAUGGGUUCCUUGCGGCCGGAUUACAACAAUAAGAUAAUCUCAAUGCACGCUUUGGCACCGGUAGCGUAUUUGGGACAUACCAAGCACUCUCUAUUGAGGCAUAUAGCGCGUUAUUCAGCAAAUCUUGCGGCUUUAGCGCGUUUGAUUGGUCUUGGAGAAUUUUUACCAAACAGUGUUAUAUGGACAUGGGUUGGUCAGAAUAUGUGCAAAGACAAAGCACCAUUACAAGUAGUCUGCAAAAAUAUUUUCUUUUUCAUAGGAGGCCAUAAUGAAGAUCAAUUCAAUGCUACUUUGUUACCGGUUAAAUUCGGUCACUUCCCCGCCGGUGCCUCAGUCCGCCAGUUAAGCCACUAUGGGCAGAGUAUAUCAACUUCAAUGUUCCGACGAUAUGACCAUGGUUGGGCUCAAAAUCUAUUAAGAUAUGGAUCACCUGAGCCCCCUCGCUACAACUUAUCAAAUAUAGUCUGUCCUGUAUACCUUCACUAUUCCGAAAGCGAUCCAUUAGCUGAUGUCAUUGACGUCAAUAAAUUGUUUAACGAAUUGGGUGGUACUCCGAUAAGGAUACGUGUUCCUGACAAAAAAUUCAGCCAUAUUGACUUCGUAUGGGGCAUUGAUGCAAAAACCUUAGUCUAUGAUAACGUGAUAGAUGUUAUGAAAAACUUUGAUAAAACCGGAAAAGAAACAAAAGACUUUAGAUAA